AUGAACGGCGCAUCGUCCUUGCUAGCUCCCAUUGCUAAGAGAUUAGCAGGCAAGGUUGCUUUGAUAACCGGAGGUGCAAGUGGCAUUGGCGAGAGUACGGCAAGACUAUUCGCUGAACAUGGUGCUAAGGUCAUCAUUUCUGACGUCCAAGACGAGCUUGGUUUCUCAGUUUCCCAAGACAAAAGCAUCAAUGGUGCCAUUUCCUACGUCCACUGCGAUGUCACUAGCGAGUGUGAUGUCCAGAAUGCUGUCAAUACUGCGGUGUCGAAGCAUGGAAAACUGGACAUAAUGUUCAACACUGCAGGCUGUACUGGCCAAAACAAAGCAUCCAUCUUAGACCACGAGCAAAAGGAUUACAAGACUGUUUUUGAUGUGAAUGUCUUGGGGUCAUUUCUGGGGGCAAAACACGUGGCCAAAGUAAUGAUUCCAGUGAAAAGGGGCACCAUUCUAUUCACCGCAAGUUGUGUAACAGAGUCACAUGGAUUGGCCUCACACAGUUACACGGCAUCCAAGCAUGCCAAUCCAGCUAUUUUAAAUCUUUCUGGAGAAGAGCUAGUGGGUCGGAUUGAGUAUGAGGUCCUCGGGCAUGGCUGUGCAGGCAGUGGUGCCAAGAUGCUCAUGGCCAAGCAGUUGCUCAGGCCUGUUUGUUUGGAGGGUUGUUUGGUGGCCAAGAUGGUGUUGGCCGAGAUACAUGGCGGGAUGUGGGGCCGUGAUGCUCCUUAUUCAAGGUUGAGGUGGUUGCAAUGCUAG